GAUCCAAGAGAAGUUGGGGAUAUUGUUGUGGGUUCAGUAUUGGCUCCAGGAUCUCAAAGAGCAAGUGAAUGCAGGAUGGCUGCAUUCUAUGCUGGUUUCCCUGAAACUGUGCCGAUAAGGACUGUCAACAGGCAAUGUUCGUCUGGGCUUCAGGCAGUUGCUGAUGUGGCUGCUUCUAUCAAAGCAGGGUUCUAUGAAAUUGGCAUUGGAGCUGGGCUGGAAUCCAUGACAAUUAAUCAAAUAUCAUGGGAUGGAGAUGUGAAUCCAAAGCUAAAGAAUUUUCAAAAAGCCCAAGAUUGCCUUCUACCCAUGGGUAUUACUUCAGAGAAUGUUGCACAUCGUUUCGGUGUGACAAGGCAGGAGCAGGAUCAGGCAGCAGUUGAUUCUCAUAGGAAGGCUGCUGCUGCUACUGCUUCUGGCAGAUUCAAGGAUGAAAUCAUCCCUGUCGCUACAAAGAUUGUCGACCCUAAAACUGGUGAUGAGAAGCCCAUUGUAGUAUCUGUUGAAGAUGGGAUUCACCCAGAGACAUCAGUAGCAGGUCUGGGAAAAUUAAAGACCGUGUUUAAGAAAGAUGGGACCACCACUGCUGGAAAUUCUAGCCAAAUCAGUGAUGGUGCUGGGGCUGUGUUGCUCAUGAAAAGAAGUGUUGCUGUGCAAAAAGGACUACCCAUUCUUGGUGUAUUCAGGACAUUUGCAACUGUUGGUGUGGAUCCUGCCAUCAUGGGUGUAGGCCCAGCUGUUGCAAUUCCAGCUGCAGUGAAGGCUGCUGGUUUAGAACUUGAGGAUAUUGAUCUUUUUGAAAUAAAUGAGGCAUUUGCUUCCCAGUUUGUAUAUUGUCGUAAGAAGUUGGAGCUUGAUCCACAAAAGAUCAAUGUCAACGGGGGUGCAAUGGCCAUUGGACAUCCUCUAGGUGCAACAAGAUCAAUUUUCCUUGUGGAAAAUUGAAGUUAAAAUAAAUACACUCUAAUUUCUGGUGAUAAGCUAACAAUCCUGUAAUAGAUUAUAGAUUGGAGGCAAUUUCUUUUGCUUGGGUCUGGUGGGAGGAGGACAUUUUUUUGUAGCCGAAGUAUCUACGGGUUACGGGUUCCUUGGGAAAAUAUGUCGGUCAGGCAAUUUACCAAAUAAAUUGUUAAGUCGUUGGUU